AUGAUGGCUAGUGAAAGCAAAGCGGAUCCCCGUGUUAACAGUCAGUCAGAAGAGAGACAGAGGAUGGACAUGAAGCAGAUUCUCAUCUUUGGACUUUUUCUCGUCCCAGCGUUGACGUGCAAGAUGAACCGGUGCUAUGAUGACCACGAACUGAGUGAGGCAGCAGAGAGGAAGCUGAGGAGCCACUACCCGCAGCCUCCGGAGCCUUCAGCUGCGGCGGCACCUGACGCACCUGUCUCUUGCCCCGUGGCGCUCUACCAGCAGCAGCCGCCUCAGCACAUCAGCGACAGGUCCCUGUCCCCCUGGAGAUAUGUACUUGUAACAAAGAAGGAUCACUUUCCUUCCACCUACGUCGAGGUUCAGUGCCUGUGUUCAGGAUGCAUCCUGAUCCAGAAGAGCCACGACUACAACUCAUUCCAGGACAUGAGACUCCCAGUGGAGAGCCACGAUUACAACUCAGUCCCCAUAAAGCAGAGCAGGGUGUUUCUCAAGAGGGAGCUCUGCAGUGACGGAAAGAAAUACCAUUUAAAGCCGGUUACUGUUGAAGUAGCUGUGGGCUGUACCUGUGUCAGAGUCAAGACCUCCUCCUAGAGGGGAUCAAUCCAGACCUGCUGUCAGAGUGGCACACUAUAGUUCAUGUUGUGUUUGUUUUAAAAUGCACCAAGUUCUCUGGAAAGUCUAUCUCAGGGGUGUCAAGUCCUACAGUGUGAUUAGUGAGCAGUUGGUCCAGCAUGUUCUCUGAUUUUGACUUGGACUUAUGACAGGGCCACACCUUAAAACACAGCUGACACCCCU